CUUUCCUACGAAUGCUGUUUUAUUCGUUUUUCAAGACGCAGGUCGGCCAGCAGGUGACAGUUGAGCUCAAGAACGACCUGGCGAUCCAGGGCACGCUCGAAUCGGUGGACCAGUUCCUGAACUUCAAGCUCAAAGAUAUCCGGGUCGUGGACGAGGCGCGGUACCCGCACAUGCUGUCAGUCAAGAACUGCUUCAUUCGUGGCUCUGUUGUGCGUUACGUGCAGCUCUCGCCUCCAACUGUCGACACGGCGCUGCUGCAGGAUGCGGCACGGCGCGAAGCACAGUCAACACAGCAGAUGCAGCAGGGCAAGCCAGCGGCUGCCGCUGCCUGAGACCUGGGGUUUUCUUUAUUCCAAUGCUCGUUUGUUGGCUAAAAAUAAAUAUACAGUGAGGCUUUUUGCCCAAGCAUG